GUUCCUACCCAUAAAUCCAAGCGAGUGCCAGGUGGCAAUAAGCAGGCCCAAUGUGUGUGUGGAGAGGGAGAUGACGCUGGUCGCCCAGAGGCAGCCGUGCGUUCAGGCCUUCACACGCAUGGUUAAAGUGUGGAAGCAAGGCUGUGUGGGACAGUCAUGGUGCAUGGGAUACGAGAGGAGGACAGCAUACUACACGGCAUACAGACAAGUGUACAGACAGGAUUAUCGCACUGUGUACAAGUGCUGCCCUGGAUGGUCUCAGCUUAACGGAGAAGCCGGGUGUCUGUAUCCGGUGUGUAGCUAUGGUGUGUGCUUCAAUGGGGGCCAGUGUCAGGAGGGAUCCACCCAGCUUUGUGACUGUCCUGCAGGGUUCAACGGGCCCAGCUGCCAGUAUGAUGUGAACGAGUGUGACGAGAUCAAUGGAGGUUGUGAGGCUCUCUGCUGUAACACCAUUGGAAGUUUCUACUGCAGGUGUCCUCCUGGACAGACACUGAAUGACGAUGGCAAAACGUGUCAAGAUAUCGAUGAGUGCCAGGUUCAUAACGGAGGCUGCCAGCACAGAUGUGUAAACACCAGGGGCUCCUACUACUGUGAAUGCCACCUGGGGUCUCGCCUGCAUGUGGACGGCCGAACCUGCCUUGCGGUCCAUUCAUGUGCCAUCGGCAACGGAGGCUGUGAACACCACUGUGUGCAGCAGUCUGCCACUCAUUUCCACUGUCGCUGCAAGCCAAAUUACGUGCUGGUGGAGGAUGGCAGACAUUGUAAAGUGCAGAACCCCUGUGCACUUCAGAACGGAGGCUGUAUGCACCAGUGUCGGGUUGAUGGUGGCAAAGCUCAGUGUGACUGUAAAGCUGGUUACAUCCUCGCUGAAGACGGGAAAACCUGUGAAGAUGUUGAUGAGUGUGAGACAGAGGAGGCCAGCUGUGCUCAUGGCUGCCACAACACUCUGGGCUCUUACACCUGUGUUUGUAAUGCUGCCUAUGAGCUGGGAGCCGAUGGAAAACAGUGUUACAGAAUUGAGAUGGAAAUAGUGAACAGCUGUGAGAACAACAACGGUGGCUGUUCACACCUCUGUCAACAUUCCACCAGUGGGCCUGUCUGCGCCUGUAACCAUGGUUACAGACUAGACGAGGACCUUAAAACCUGUGUUGCAGAUGUCGACGAGUGUGGAGAGCAGAUCUCCUGCUGCGAGCAGGACUGCACCAACUAUCCUGGGGGUUAUGAAUGCUACUGCUCAGCAGGUUACAGGCUCAACUCAGAUGGAUGUAGCUGUGAUGAUGUAGAUGAAUGUCUGGCUGCUAAUGGGGGUUGUGAUCAUACAUGCCAGAACAGUGCAGGUUCGUUUCAGUGUUUCUGUCACCGGGGUUUCCGUCUGGAUGAGGACCGGCAAUCCUGCAUUGCACUUGAAGAUGCAGUUGACGCUCUGUCUAGUGGAGGGGCCAUGGAGUUGCCUCUCAUUCGCCCCCAGAUCACCUUGCUGCAGGACUACAGCCAACCCCUGGAGCGCUAUGAUGACUAUGAAGACGACAAGUGGGAGCUGAGGGCUGAGAGUAACCUGGCAGAGAAAUUUGUGUGUUUGGAUGACACUUUUGGGAAUGACUGCAGUUUGACAUGUGAUGACUGUUCUAAUGGAGGAAAGUGUAACGUGCAGAGAGAUGGCUGCGACUGCCCUGAUGGAUGGACAGGUGUCAUCUGUAACCAGACAUGCCCUGAGGGACAGUUUGGUAAAAACUGCUCCUUGCAUUGUAAGUGUAAAAAUGGUGCCAGCUGUGAUCCCAUCACCGGGAGCUGCCGCUGUCCACCUGGAGUCAGUGGAGACUUGUGUCAGGAUGGCUGUCCAAAGGGCUUCUAUGGAAGGCAGUGCAAUAAGAAGUGCAACUGUGCUAAUAACGGCCGUUGCCACCGGACCUACGGAGCCUGUCUGUGUGAUCCUGGACUCUAUGGACGCUUCUGCCACCUCGCUUGUCCGAAGUGGACUUUCGGACCAGGCUGCUCUGAAGAGUGUCGGUGUGUCCAGCAGAACGCCCUAGAGUGUCACCGUCGACAUGGCACCUGUGUCUGUAAACCUGGUUACCAGGGCAACACCUGCAAGGAAGAAUGCAGUCCAGGUACUUACGGGGGUGGCUGUGAAAAGAAGUGCUCCUGUCCACCAGGAGUGUCGUGCGAUCAUGUGACUGGAGCGUGCCAACGAACGUGUCCUCCAGGCCAUCAUGGGGAGAACUGUGAUCAAGAGUGUCCAGAGGGAAGGUUUGGAACAGGCUGCGUCCAUCCUUGUAACUGCACCGGUGCCCUCUGUGACAAAGUAACAGGGCAAUGCAAGUGUCCAGCAGGGACAUCAGGAAAGUACUGUGAGAACUUUUGUCUGGAGGGGUUUUGGGGUCCAGGCUGCAGAGAAACCUGCCCUGCCUGUGAGAACGGUGGUGUGUGUGAUAAACAUAAUGGGUCCUGUAACUGUCCUCCAGGUUUCAUGGGAAGACUUUGCCAAAACUCAUGCCCGAUUGGACGCUUCGGUCAAGGAUGCCAGAUGAAAUGUGUGUGUGAGAACAAUGCUUGUUGUGACCCUGUGAGUGGACGGUGUACCUGCACUCUGGGCUGGACUGGACACGAUUGCAGGAAAGCAUGUGAUGCAGGACACUGGGGAGCAGACUGUGCACAGACUUGUGACUGUAGAAAUGGAGAUGGUAGCUGUGAUGCUGUGACAGGCCAGUGCAACUGUGAGGCUGGUUACACUGGAACACACUGCCAUGAGAAGUGCCCAGCAGGUUUGUUUGGUGUUGGUUGUCGCCAUCGGUGUCAGUGUGACAACAAAGCAUCGUGCGACCAUGUGAGUGGAGCUUGUACCUGCCAGGUGGGAUGGACUGGAACAUUCUGCGAGAAGCCAUGUCCUCAGGGUUUCUAUGGGCUGGACUGCCAGGGGAAGUGUUUGUGUCUAAAUGGUGGGAGCUGUGACCACAUCACUGGGGUUUGUUCUUGUCCUCCUGGCUGGAUUGGUCCGUUCUGCAACCUGACCUGCCCUACUGGUUUCUAUGGGGAGGGAUGUAACCAAACCUGUAGCUGUCAAAAUAACGGCAUCUGCCACCUGGCCAGUGGGCGGUGUGCGUGCAUGCCGGGCUGGACUGGACCCAAGUGCACAGAAGAAUGUCCUUCAGGGUUUUAUGGAGAGGACUGUCAGCAGCACUGCUUGUGUCAAAAUGGAGCCACUUGUAACAGGACCAGUGGAAGAUGUACAUGUGCCAGUGGAUGGACGGGCACAUCCUGUGAAUUGGAGUGUGUAGCAGGUCAUUUCGGGGCAGACUGCCAGCAGCAGUGCGAAUGUGAGAACAGUGGUCAGUGUGACAGACAGACUGGACGGUGCAGCUGCAGCGACGGCUGGACCGGAGAGCACUGUGAGAAAGCAUGUGAACCAGGCCUGUUUGGUGCCGGCUGUGAGGAAAGAUGUCACUGUGUUUACGGAGCUGCAUGUCACCACAUCACUGGAGAGUGCCAGUGUCCUCCAGGGUGGAGAGGAAAACUCUGUGACAAAGCAUGUUUGCCAGGUACGUACGGAAAGGGUUGCACACAGCGCUGCAGCUGUGCUCAUGGCACGUCCUGCCACCACAUCUCUGGAGAGUGCGGCUGUCCUCCCGGAUUCACUGGCAACGGCUGUGAACAAACUUGUCUUCCAGGGACAUUUGGGCAGAACUGUAACCAGGUCUGCCAGUGCUCUGAGACAAACCAACUCUGCCACCCUGUGUCUGGAUCGUGUUACUGCGCCCCAGGUUUCCAUGGGCCCAAAUGUGACCAGGUGUGUAGAGACGGUCUUUAUGGGCCUAACUGUGAGAGAGAGUGCAAGUGUGAAAAUGGAGGGAAGUGUGUUCCCUCUACCGGAGCCUGUGAAUGUCCAGCAGGGUUUAUAGGAGCACGCUGCAACAUCACGUGUCCAGCUGGACGGUACGGAGCCGACUGUGCCCAGGUGGUGCUGUGUGGAGGAGGAGCCCAGAAUGACCCGGCCACUGGUCGGUGUGUUUGCAUCCCUGGACGAAGAGGACAGGACUGUGGACAAGGCUGCCCUCCAGGCUGGUUUGGACCAGACUGUGCCCAACAUUGUAACUGCAGUAAUGGAGGUGUGUGCGACUCUGUAACUGGAAACUGCACCUGUGGACUGGGCUGGACUGGUGCACACUGUGACAAAGAAUGUCCUGUGGGCAGAUUUGGUGCAAACUGCCAGCUGAUGUGUAACUGUCAGAAUAAUGGCACUUGUGACCGAGUGACGGGGACGUGUCAGUGUGGUCCAGGCUACUAUGGACAUCUGUGUGAACAUGCCUGUCCUCCUGGGCUCCAUGGUGCACUGUGUCAGCUGCAGUGUGACUGUAUGAAUGGCGCCUCCUGUCACCCUGUGUUGGGCCACUGUAUCUGUCCUCCAGGAUACCACGGAGCCCGCUGCGACAGAGUGUGUGAACAGGGUUCCUACGGUCAGGGUUGUGCCAGGGUUUGUGACUGUGAGGACGAUACUCCAUGUGACCCUGUGACAGGACGAUGCCUCUGCUCCACAGGGAAGACCGGACCCAGAUGUGACAUUGAAUGCAGAGGAAAUCGGUAUGGGCCAGACUGUGCUGAGACCUGCGAGUGUGAGAACGGAGCACAAUGUGACCGACGCAAUGGCCGCUGCAGCUGCCUGCACAGCUGGAUCGGACUUUGCUGUCAGGAAGGUGGACCUCCACACCUCACCUACAGCAGCAGCAGCAGCGGAGACUCACAACACGACAACUCAUAGCACCUCCAUGUAGAAGACACUGAAACUAGGACAGAUCAGCGAGUUGGACUCAAGUGAGUAAAGCCUGUGACCGGUUGUAGCAGCAGGAAGACCUUCAUGGAAAUAGACUCUGAUGAGAACUGCAACUCCAUGCUUAGACCUGCACUGGAUGAUUGUUUUUGUGUGUGUGUGUGUGUGUGCCAAAUCAUUGAGUCGGCCUAAACCGUCACUAUGAUUUUCUUGCAACCUAGAAUGUCACUGUACAAAAACACCUCUAAGAUAAAAAGUACACAGAGUGCAGUGACAGGAGAUUGUGGUUGCAUUUAGUGCAGGUACUGACUAUAAAAUAAUCUCCAAUUUUGAAAGACAAUAAGUGAUUUUUCUGGAUAUAAUGCAACAUGACACGAGGCAACAAUAUUUCAUUACCUGCCAGGGCUAUGACGUUAUCAGUUUAUAAAAUACCAAGUACUACCCCUCAGUCCAAUGGUGCUAUGGUGCUUCAGAUGUGUUAAGGUACAUCACAGUAAAGCACAUUCCUGUUGACUAAAUGCCUUUAAGAACAGCUGAAAUAGAAAUGACUUAAGAUCACACAGCUAGCAUUUACUUGUCUAAAUAUUUUCUUUUGAAUGGAUUUUGUGUAUAAAUUGCUUCAUAUUUAUAGUUUACACAGUUGUAUACAGUUGAUUACACUGCAAACUGACAAUGGAUCUCUGUUGUCCACUGGAUGAAAUGGAUUUUUCAGCUCUGCCAAAUCAAAGUCCAGUGAACAACGGGGUUUUUUUUUUUGUUUGUUUUUUACACACAUGAAUACUAAUAAAGACAGACUCACGAAGGCUUGUUUACCAUUCUUAUUUUAUCGUUUUCAUUGAAGAUCGAAGCUGUACAUCCUGUCCAAAUUUCAGAAUCAAGCACAGUGCAGAUAGCAAUGCCUGCAAAAUAAAAUAAAAAAAGAAAAGAAAAGGCAGAGGUGAUCAUAAACCGAAAUCUAUACAAAAGGUCAAAUAAUGUACAGGAGAUACCAGGCUCUCACUAUGUCCUCAUAAUGCAUAUGCAACAGGGAUGCACCGAUACGUUUUUCAGACCAAGUACCUAAUGAUGUAAUGUUUCUACUAUUAAAAUAAUCUACAA